AGCCUCCAUAGUGGCCCAAGAGCAACUGUCCUCUUUCACAGGUUCAUCCACAGAGCAUGUAAUUCUGAUUGGUGCAACAGUCUGGAAGAGUGAAAGACGUCAUCUCCCAAGGGCAAGUGCUGUGCUAGUGGACACUGAGGAGCUGCACGGAUCAGACCCUUCCCCAUCCUUCUCCAGCCUCUCUUGUUCUUCCUUGAGAUGUUUCCUACAGAUCUGAAAGAUCCAGGCAGUCCAUGACAUGCAUUUGAAUUUAAUCUCAGGACAUUUUACUCCUUGCUCUAAAAUUAAGACCAGGUAAUUCAUUUGUUUGUUUGUUUAUUUAUUUGUUAUAUGUAAGUACAAUGUAGCUGUCUUUAGAAACACCAGAUACAGCAUCAGGUCUCAUUUGAGAUAUUUGUGAGCCCCCAUAUAGUUGCUGGGAUUUGAACUCUGGACCUCUGAUAGAGCAUUCAGUGCUCCUAACCACUGAGCAAUUUUUCCAACUUCCAGACUAACUUUUUAAAUUCCCAGAAUGUAUUCUUUAUUCAGGUUACAUCCUGAUCCCAGCCACUCUCCCUCUGCCUGUCUUCAGGGUAGGAGAUUACAGGAAGGCCCCAAUUUUCAGCAGGGGAGUGGGUUUGCUUCCAGAGCAGGCAGUGGGGUCGUAAACAUCUCACUCUCAGGGAAUUGGGAGCUUUCCCAUAUAAGAAUUUUCUGUGGUGGAAGCUCAGUUUGCUGUCUGGCUUCUUUUCAGUUUUCUCUUGCUUCUUCUGGAAUGAGAAUGUUCUUUAUUAAGAGCUUAGAGGGCGUUUCUGGCCAGACUAUGUUCAUGUGCAGGCCCAUCCCUGGACGGCUGGAUGCUUAGACUCUCCUGGGGAGACCUGUUUCCUUUCUGCAGCAGGCCAGCUAGUAUGAGAAGAAAAGGACCCCAUCAGAUGUUCACAGUGCACAACACACAUACACAAACUCACGCAUGCACACACACACACACACACACUAUACAAAUAUAUAUAUAUAUACAUAUAUAUAUCUUCCAUAUUCCUAAACCCACACAUCAUACACAUCACGUGUCAGAUGUGCAUGCACAUUACAUAUAUCACAGACAUAUAUACACUGUGCACAUCACACGUGACAUUUGUACCUAUAUGCACACAUGCAUGCACACCUCACUCUACACACAUGCCUGCCAUGCACACAUGUAUAUAGAAACACCAAAAUGAGUGAAGAGAUUUUUAAAGGCGGCUUGUGCAGUCAGGGUAUGAUAGGCUUGGGCAUGACUACCCUCUGUGUUACAGUCAACUGUGGUCUGGUCUUUUAGCUACUUUCACAACAGGGCCAGUGCCUGUGUAGAAGGAACACCAAGGCCACAUCUCAGGGAAGUGAACUGAGGACUCAGAAGAGUUACAGGUCCUGGAGUAUGGAAAGGCAGAGCAUGGUAUGCAGAUGUAAAUGCUGUAAGGCACUCUGGCUUGUCCACUCCAAUAGGCACGAUAGUAAGCAUGAGGCCAGUAGAUGUCGUAUCCGUGGGAAGAACCCUCUGGAUGCCAUGUUAGCAACUUAGGGUGUUUCUUGUUUUCAGCCCAUGCUGUGGCCAAGGAAUCAGGAGGUGUGGGGUAGAGAGGACACUUGAGCACCUACCCUCUAUGUUGUGAACCUAGUGGAUGUUUUUCUGCCCUUCUAGACCUGUGAGUGGCCUGUGCCAGCACAGCAGAAUGGGGACAUUCCCAGUUCCACAGGAUACUGCAGGCUUGGGGACUGGGUACUUAGGCUUUUGGCUGUGCACCACACCACCUUCCUGACCAAUGGUACAUUAAGUCAACCAGUGCUUGCAGAAUGCUUGAGACAACACAAAUGUCUCCUUUCUAACUGGAAACAACAUAUAAAGGUCUAAUACAAGUCAGUAAUGUGUCUCUGAUUGUCCUGUGGCACUGGGUGAAUUAAGGACAGGAUGGAGAGCAUGCCAAAGAGUCUAACUCGUUCCGUCCCAUCUUCCUUCUGAAUGCAGGUCUCCAGGAUCCAGUGCUCACACGGACUCAGGGCUGCUGCUCAGGGAACCAGCAAACCCUGUUGCUCUGACCAUGCCACCGUGAAGGGCGGUCUCUUUCUGUUCCAGUCUCUGCGGUGCCACUGUGUAUUAGAAAGGACAUCUUUCAAAGGAGGGGUUGGUGAAGGGCAAUUUACCUUCUCUUUCAGAGAUACAACUGUCUGAGGAGAGGCUAGGAGGUGUUGCAGAACCAAAAUAUAGAGCUAGAGGGAUCAGAAAAUCGAGGUUGGGAGGAAGGUUAGCUCAAGGCUGCAUGUCCCUGAACACCUUGGUGGGGGUGAAGGGUGACUUAAUAGUCACUAGUAGCCCAGUGCCUGUCAGUACUCUACAUGACCUUGUAGCCCUUGCUUCUUCUGGUGCUCAACAGCACCACUCAGAUGCAAACAGCAAGGCCUAGAUAGUGUUCACAUCUCCCAUGGCUUGACACUGUGCUGGGUUUGAUACUACAAACCAGGAGGCUGGGACUUGAACUUGAGA